AUGCAUCCUACUGAGGGAGAUCCGAUGCUGGUGUUCACCCAGUGGCACGACGAUGAUCUGGGCAUGACCGACAGCUGGACAGGCAGCAACGAUCACUCUCUCCCCCGAGCUCGAUCUACUCAUGACCUGCCAGCCGAUACGGCUCUUCCUACGGUCCUCGCGGGCAAUGCAUCCAACCAAGUCAACUCUCCUCCAUCAUCACUACCGCCUCAAACACGACCAAAUUCCAUCCCCGACCAACCUAGCCAGCCGGGCCCCAAUUCCUCAUGCUGUUCGGCUCAUGAGCGCAUCGUCCAUCUCUUGCUCUCCAAUGGAGCCAAUGUCAAUGUACAGAAUGCAAACGGACAGACGCCUCUUCAUAUUGCGGCUCAACAUGGUCACCUCGGCAUCGUUCGACUUUUAUUGGCUUCCAAAUUUAUCGAUGUGAAUAUUCAAGACCAUCGUGGAGCGACGCCCUUGCACCUUGCAAGCGAGAAUGGACACGCGAUGGUGGUGACUCUCCUGGUGGAGCACGACGCGAGGUUGGAUGUGAGGACGACAAGUGUAUGA